AUGUCCAACCCUCUUGACUACUCGAAAUGGGACAAGAUCGACUGUAGCAGCAGUGACGAUGAAGAGCAAGAGAAUCUUGGAGCUCCCCGAGUGACUCGGCUGGAUGCCCCUAGCCGAGUGACUCGGACCAGCAAUGGUGACCUUGUGGUCGAAGAGCAAGAGCAGAAGAUCGAAGAACCACUCAUUGAAGAACUAGAAGUGUCCGCCAAAACUGCUACUAGUAAUAGCACUGCCAAGGGACCACCGAACGAGACACUCCAAAAUACUACUAAUAUACCGGCGUCAUGGACGGAACAUGGAAGCCAAGAAACGCUAACAAUCUCCCAACAAACGCUGUAUUGGAGCCAAGACCGCCAAUCCGUCUGUCUGAGACUGUCGUUGCCCACAACCAGUCUCAAGGGAAAAGAUAUUCGGGUCCAGCUCCAAGGAGUACGACGAUAUGCCGAUCGAAAUUGUGCCGUGGGGAGUGAAUCGCCCUCUUCCAUCCGCGUGACAACUACAUGCACUGCGGAUUCUCAAGUGUUAUUGGAAGGCGAAUUUCCCCAUUUCAUCCACGCGGCUGAAGAUGACGAUGAUUUCGUGGACGCAGAAACUCCGUAUUGUUCGUCGGAUUGGGCCAUUGAUCGAACUACUGGUGAUGCAGCAUAUUGGGUCAUGACACUGCUAAAAGCGGUCCCCAUGGACGGCAUGACGAUUUGGUGGCGGCGUCCCCUCACACAGUUUGACGAGAUGGAACCGACAACAACCAACACGUCCACGGAGAAAUCACAAGCGUUUCAGGCAGCCUGGGAAGAAGCUCAUCGGCAAUUCAAAGACAAGAUGAAGCAAAAACAGACGAUUCCAUGA